AAACGAAAAGCCCGCGAAGAUCUCGACGGCGAUGGCAGACGCGGCGGGCGAACACGAGCAACCCGUCCGCUCACGGAACAACGAGACUUCAGCUCUGUCAGCGUCAGAUGCACGCGUUGAGUACAUCAAGCGCAUCCUCGAGUCCACGUACCGGUCGUCCAACUUGGAUAUGCUUCGAACGUUCUUCACAUCCGACGCCACGUCCCAAACGGUGAACGAGUUUCUCCAGUCCAGCGAAACCCGUGUAUUGCUAGUGUCGGAGACGGGAUCGAAUCGUUAUUGCAUUCACAACGCCGUCACUCCGUCAAUGUUGCUCAAGGAGUCGGCCAACAUCCUGUACAUCCUAAAGGCGAUGAAAGGCCCCGUGAGCAUGGAAAAGUACGCGUCCGAACUCCUCACGGGAUCUUUGACGCGAAAUCUCUUGGAAACUAUGCAUCGCAUGAUGGUGGAUGUGUUUGUGCCGCUAGCCACGCACUCAGCCAACCAACUCGCGUGGCCAGAGAUGGUUGCAACAUCGAUCACGGACAAUGUCCAGACGUUCAUGUCGAAUUUACAGAUCACGUUGGGGCAAACGAAGGGCGAGACGUGCCUACCGUUGCCCCCCGAGACGAAAGCAAAUCCCCAGGACGUCAAGUUGAAAGACCAGGUGCACGUGCUCGAAGGUUGCUUGAUCAUUUGGACCAAGCAGGUCAAGAACAUUUUAAAACUCGACCCCGAAAUGCUCCUGAACAACCACACCAAGGACAAGGCACCGCGGAAUCCUGGUCCGUCCGAGGAGAACCGAUUCUGGAUCGCAAAAUCUCGCAACUUAAACUCGAUUUUCGACCAACUCCAGAGCGACAGCAUCCGCAAGGUGCUUCAGUACUUGGACAUGUCCAAGAGCACGUACAACAUCCCGUUCGCCAAGUUGUGCAAGGAAGUGUUUCAUGCGCGUGCCGAAGCCAACGACAACGUACUCUUCCUCGCUCCUUUGCUUCCAUGGUUUGAAAAGCUUGAGACCGAACAGGAUUUCACGGCCCUCAUCGACAUCUUUCGACCAAUUUUGCAUUCGAUCUUGCUCGUAUGGAAGUGGAGUCGAUUCUACAACUCGCCACCGAGACUUGUCGUCCUCAUGCGCCAAAUAUGCAACGAGCUCAUUCGCAAGGCGUUUGCUUUUAUGAACGGUCGGCAACUGUUUGACCUGAUCGACGCCGACGACACGUUGAAGGCGUUAGAUGGGCUCAGGACCACGUUGCGUGUGUGCGCCACGUUCAAAGCAACGUACUUUGACUACAAAGCGAAAGCAAAUGUCGAGUGCCCUCAAAAUCAGUGGCGCAUCCAAAACAACGCACUAUUUGUGCGACUCGAUGCGUUUCUCGAACGUUGCCACGACGUGCUUGAAUUGACCCAAACGAUCGUUCAGUUUGGCAAGCUCAGUAAAAUCGAGGUGGGGGGCACGAAAGGCAAGACGUUGACCACAUCGGUGCAUCAGAUAUUUGCCGAUUUUCAGGAAACCGUCGCUGCCAUCAAGCACGUUCAGUACGACCUCCUCGAUAUCGACGCGAAGGGGUUCGACGAUGACUUUUACGAGUUCCGAUCGAAAAAUAAAGAGCUCGAGCGCCGUCUGGCGUCAGUCGUAAAUCAAGCGUUCGACGACUCUAAGUCCAUCACAGGCCGGUUCAAGCUGCUCGAUUCGUUUGAUGAUCUCUUGGAAAGACCGAUCAUCAAGAACGAACUAGAAAAGAAACAUGCGCUCUUGAUUGCGUCGUACAGCGAAGACCUCCACGUCGUUCAGCAAAUCUUUAUUGACAAGCGGGAUGUCCCGCCCAUUGGUUACAACUUUCCUCCUUUUGCUGGGGCCGUGACAUGGUCUCGAGGAUUGCUCGAUCGUGUCGCGUACCCCAUGGAGAAGCUCAAGCGGUUGAAUCGCUCGGUUCUGGAGCGAGAAGACUCGAAGGAAGUGAUUAAAAUGUACACCAACCUGGUCGCCUCCCUCAUGGAAUACGAGACAGCAACCGUUAAAACGUGGGCACACUCGAUUGAAAUCUCGUCCAAGUCGAAAUUGAAGCUGCCGCUACUUCGCAAGGACGCCGAAAGCGGCUUGGUGUUUGUAAACUUUGACCCGGCUUUAGUCCAGUUGCUCCGAGAAGUCAAAUACUUUAUCGUGCUGAAGCUCGAAAUUCCCGAAGAAGCCAUGACGAUUUACCGAAAAGCCGAAGUAUUUCGCCGUCAAACUGGCAACUUGGAUCUCAUUGUCGACAUGUACAACCGCGUCCAUACAACCCUCCUGCCGGUCGAAAGGCCGUUGGUGAAAAGCCAUUUGGACAAAAUCGACCAGAUCUUGUCGCGAGGCAUCCGAUCUUUAAAUUGGAAGUCCCAUGGCAUUGACAUGUUCCUCAAAGACAGUAUGACGGACGUCAACGAAGCGACUGCGUUGCUGGACGCGAUGAAAGCUCACAUGGCGCGGGUCCAGGAACUGUUGCACAACUGGAACGCAGGACUCCUCUUUGAGCGGCGGUCAAAGCCUCUGAGUGUCGCUGAAUUCAAUGAAUCGCAACAGCCACUUCGGGCCGCAAAAUACCUCCUCAUCAAAGAAGGAGGGAACGAAAUUCACCGGCUCCUCAAGGACACGCUGAAGAAGCUCAAAGUUUCCCAAGGGAGUCCAGACUGGCGGUCGUAUGUUGACUACAUCAAUGGCAUUGUCGAAGACGGGCUGGCCAAGGUGGUUUUGACAUCUCUGAGAUAUAUUCAGUCGCAGCUGAAUCCGGCCAGCAUUGAAGCAAACGACUUGUCACCGAUUCUCGAAAUCGAACUCGACUUGUACGGCAAAGACAUUGUCUUUGUUCCGUCAGUGGGGUCGCUACCAAACAAGAGUGGUCUCACCGAUGUCGUUCACACGUGGGUGGAGACCACAUUUCAAGUCGCAUCGCUCUUCAAACGUCUAGACACGUCGGAAGGCACGUACCUCAAGGAAAUGCGGGAGCAUCCUGAAAUCCAACGGUGCGUGGCUGAAAUCCACAACGCUUGCCUCGUCAACGAGGCAGCGUGCUACUCAUACAAAAAGGAACUGAUGGCGUACGAGUACCUGUGGUCGACGGAUUUGAAUCAAAUGUUCGCGUCCUUCCUCGAGACGGCGUGGAUGCCGAUGGACCCGCUGGUCGCGUCUUUGGUGUCGCCAGGGGCCGACAAGAACGCUGUCGACAUGUCGGGUCCGCUCAUAAAUCUUGCCAUGUUUGACGAAAAAAUUCAGAUGUGCUUGAACUUGCAAAACGAAAUCAGCGAAGCCAAGCAUUCCCGCGACAUGUGCUUUGUCCGCGUAAACUCGCUUCCUAUCAAGCAAGCGCUCAGCACGUGGGUCACCAAGUGGGUGUACAUGUUUACGCAGUUUCUCCACGAUCGCGUUGUGAACCAGCUGACAUGGGUCGACACGUUCAUUGCGACUGUGAACUCGGGUCUGGACGUUCCAGUGACCGACACCACGACCCUCAUGGCAUGCAUGGCCCAUGUCCAAGACGUUCGGCGCCUCAUGGCGACCAAACAGGUCAACUUUGGUCCCGUUCGGGACACUGUUGCGCUGCUCAAGCGCCAUGGAAUUCAUUUGGACGUGUCGUACGUCGGCAAAGAGACCGCGCUCCAGUGCCUCGAGCAGGCGCCCCUACGAUGGGACUCGAUGGUGAACAAAACAUUCAAGAAGAAAGACGUGAUUGCCCCCAUGCAGAACCAGGCUGUGGAAACGAUCAAGAUUGACUUGCUCGGUUUUGGCAAGCGCGUCCACGCGUUCCGCGACGACUUCCUCCUAAAGGCACCGUUUACGUACGAAGGCGUGUCGGCGUUGGUGGGACCAGUAGCGCCGUUGGAGCAAGUGGUUGCGAAAGCUAUGGAAGUCCUCGCGUCCGUGGAGGAUCGGUUGAACGACAUCGAAGGUGAAGCAAAACGAUUCGGAGAGCUCGAAGACAUGUUUGAGCUGGCCGACUCCAAGUUUGACAGCCUUGAUUUGUGUCGUAUUGAGUGGGGCUUGCUCUACAAUGUGUGGACCUUGUUUCACAACACAACGUCUACGUUCGAGUCGUGGCAUUCAUUGUUGUGGCAGGACGCCAACAUCGAAGAGCUCAUGGAUGCUGUGAAAGCGAUGACAGCAACGAUGCUCAAGUGCCCCGCCAAGGUGCGCGAGUGGGCGAUUUACAAGAAAAUGGAGACAGGGCUGAGCCAAAUGAGUGCGACACUGCCGUUGAUCGAACUCCUGCACUCCCCCGCGAUGCGAGAACGGCACUGGAAGCACCUCUUGAUGGUCACCAAGAAGACGUCGAUGGCAUCGUGGACAUUGCAUAUGGAGAACGUUCAUGUGGAAGACUUGCUUCGUCUCGAAUUGUACCGGUUCGAUAUUGAAGUCCAAGACAUUGUCGAAGUUGCGACUCGCGAACUUAAGAUCGAAACCGAUUUGCUCACGAUUUCAAACAUCUGGUCCGCCUGGAGCUUUGUUGUUGUACCACAUCACGACACCACCAUGAUCUUGCAAGCGUCUCAAAUGGACUCGAUCGUGGAAACGCUCGAAGAACAGCAACUCGCCUUGCAAGCGAUGGCCGGUCAGGGCAAGUUCGUUGAGUACUUUCGUGACAAGGUCCUGUGGUGGCAACAAACCCUGGGGAAUGUCGAAACCGUGCUCAAACUAUGGUUCACUGUUCAGCAAACGUGGCUAUCCCUGGAGAGGAUCUUUAUGUGCUCAGAGGACAUUCGACUCCAGCUCCCCCACGACACAAAGCGCUUUGAGUCAAUCGAUGCCCAACUCAAGGAAUUGUACAACGAAAUCCAGGGAAGACUCGGUAUAUUGGAGACGUGCGGGAACACCAAUCGAGAGCCCAUGCUAAAGGAUCUCUAUGGCGAGCUCGAGGUAUGUCAAAAAGCGCUGAACCAAUACCUGGACGGGAAGAAAGACGUGUUUCCACGCUUUUACUUUGUGUCGAACGCUGCGCUGCUCGACAUCCUCAGUCAUGGAAACGAUCCGUUGAAGAUUCAGCCGCACUUGAGCGAUUGUUUCGAUGGCAUUCGGUGCCUGCAGUUUGAAGAAGUGACCCAGUGGCCACUGACGGGCGUGUCCGCCACGUCUAAAGAAGGCGAGAUUAUUGUGUUUCCUACUCCUUUCCUCAUCGCAGUCGGCACUGCAGUCGAACUAUGGCUUCACGAUUUGCUCUUGGUGAUGCAGAGCACGCUACGGCGAAUUGUCCAGGAUGCGCUGGAGGCAUCCGCUGCAUGGGGCCUGGAAGUCGCUCGACAUGCUUGGGUCAUGGAUUACCCAGCGCAGCUGAGUCUCUUGGGCUCUCAAAUUAUUUGGACGGAGGAGUCGGAGAAAGCGCUAGAAGAACUUGAAGGGGGCCAAGAAGACGCUCUGAAAAAGUACUACGAAGUGUGCAAUACCCGCCUCGACGAUUUGAUCAAGCUCGUGCAAGGCGAACUGACCAAGCUCGAUCGCGUGAAGAUCAUCACAAUUAUCACGGUCGAUGUCCAUGCUCGGGAUGUCAUUCAAACGCUUGUGUCGAAAAAGGUCAACUCGUCGCUGGACUUUCUUUGGCAAUCCCAACUGCGAUACUACUACUUGGACCCACAGACGACCAAGCAAGUCGCGAUUCGAAUCUGCGACUUUCGAGCGUUGUACUCGUAUGAAUACAUUGGAAACUGCGGGCGCCUCGUCAUUACGCCACUCACCGAUCGAUGUUACGUGACCAUGACGACAGCCCUGCGUCUUUAUUUGGGUGGAGCGCCCGCGGGCCCGGCUGGCACAGGGAAAACGGAAACCACAAAGGACUUGGCAAGAGGCAUGGGCGUCAUGUGCUACGUGUUUAACUGUUCCGACCAGAUGAACUAUCAAACCAUGGCCGACAUCUUUCGCGGGUUAUCUCAAACUGGCGCGUGGGGGUGCUUCGACGAGUUCAACCGAAUCAACGUUGAAGUGUUGUCGGUUGUAGCGACGCAGGUAAAGACUGUGCUGGACGCGAUCGCGUGGCUCGCCGUUCCAGCCAACCGCGAAAUGGAGUACCAAGCGGUCCCAGCUGGAACACCCCCUUCCAAAGUUGGCAUGUUUUACUUCCAAGGCAAAAAAAUCGCACUCGUGCCUACCGUCGGUUUCUUCAUCACAAUGAACCCCGGGUAUGCUGGCCGAACGGAAUUGCCAGAAAACCUCAAGGCAUUGUUCCGAUCGUGUGCCAUGAUCCGCCCCGACGUCCAACCUAUCUCGGAAAACAUGCUCAUGUCCGAAGGGUUCCUUCAUGCUCGCUCGCUUGCCAAAAAGUUCGUCACACUGUAUCAACUGAGCUCGGAAUUGCUGAGCAAACAAGUGCACUACGACUGGGGCUUGCGCGCUGUCAAAUCUGUCCUCAUGGUGGCUGGAAGUCUCAAACGCGCGGAUCCCGCAGCCCAAGAAGAAACAAUUCUCAUGCGAGCACUGCGCGAUUUCAACGUGCCAAAGCUGCCACUUCGGGAUGUCCCCGUGUUUCUCGGCUUGCUCAAGGACUUGUUCCCGACCGCAGUCGUCGAGGCUGCCUCUGAGUGCCCCCUCAAAGCUGCAUGCACCCAAGUCUGUGUCGCCCAGAGCCUCCAACCCGAAGACAUGUUUAUCAAGAAGGUCGGCGAUUACGACCAGCUGCUCAAAGUGCGCCAUUCAGUAAUGCUGUUGGGACCUGCUGGGUGUGGGAAAACUACGAUUUGGCGCACGCUGGUUCAGGUGUUAAACAUUUCCCAUCCGAAACCGGUGGUCGUGCAUGAAACGAUCAACCCGAAAGCUGUCUCAUCCGAUGAAUUGUAUGGGUACAUGACGCUCAGUCGCGACUGGAAGGACGGAGUGCUGUCCAUGCUCAUGCGGAGUAUGUCCAAGGAAACUGCUCCGUACACGGCUCUCCAACGCGGCAAAUGGGUCGUACUGGACGGUGACAUCGACGCAAUUUGGAUUGAAAGCAUGAACACCGUCAUGGACGACAACAAAGUGCUCACGCUCGUCUCGAACGAGCGCAUUCCGCUGACCGACAGUAUGCGGAUGGUGUUUGAGAUUCACUCGUUGCACAACGCGACGCCUGCCACCGUCAGUCGCGCCGGCAUUUUGUACAUCAACGAUACUGACAUUGGGUACCUCCCAUACGUGGAGUCGUGGGCGCAAACGCGGAAGGAAGGCGGUAUGUGGAGCGCGCUGUUCCGCAAGCAUGCAGAUGCAUUUCUCCAAGUCGUCGCCGAACACAAGAAGGAGCUGCAAUACAUGAUCCCCAUGACCCCGCUCGCCAUGGUCACGACGCUCUGUCGUCUUCUCGAGGGAUUCGUCGCGACGCUCACUGACGCGCAAAAGACCCCUGACAUACUUGAAAACGUGUUUUUGUUUUGUGCGUUCUGGGCGUUCGGCGGCGCGUUGGACGCAGAGCCACGGGACAGUCGACGCGCGUUCAGCCACUUGAUUAAGCCUCUCCUCGUCAAAGCUUCGCCCAAGAAGGAUGUCAAGCCACCAUCGGACACGGAAGCGGCUGGAGCGUCAUCGUCAAUGUCGGUGUUUGACAUGCGGCUGCACAUCGAAUCGAAUGAGUUUUUGCCAUGGAGUGAUGUCGUACCAGAAUGCAACAUGUCCUUGGGGGAGGCUCCGUUUUACUCGAUUGUGGUGCCAACUGUUGAGAGCGUUCGACUGCAGUACUUGCUCGCGCUGCUCCUGCCUACCGGUGGGCCUGUGAUGCUCGUCGGUGGUGGCGGCACGGGAAAAACCACCGUGGUUCGAGACUGCUUCAAACACAAGGAUGACCUCAACGUGGCCAGCAUCCCAUUGCAUUACUACACGGACGCCGCUUCGCUGCAACGGCAGCUCGAGUCUCACGUCGAGAAACGAAGCGGUCGCAUCUACGGGCCGCCGCACCAGUCGUCACUCGUGUACUUUCUUGACGACGUCAACAUGCCCAUGGUCGAAGUGUACGGGACGCAAACUGCCAUCGCUCUCUUGCGGCAAUUCAUGGACUACGGCGGCUGGUACGAUCGCGUCGAAGUGGGGUACAAGAAAACGAUCCAAGACGUACAAUUUGUUGCGUGCAUGAAUCACAAAGCUGGCUCGUUUACCAUCAAUCCACGAUUGCAGCGGCAUUUUGCAACGUUCGGCCAUCUCUUUCCAUCCAAAGCCGACUGCUUCCACUUGUUUGGCACACUGCUGCACCAUCAUUUGCAGCCGUUCAGCGAUGUCGUCAAGAAAAUGGCCAAUGGCCUUCUCACGGCCACAAUGGACGUGCAUACGGAAGUGCGCGAAUCGUUUCUCCCCACGGCGCUCAAGUUUCACUACAAUUUUAAUCUUCGCGACUUGAGCACGUUGUUCCAGAGCCUCGUGUCGACGCGACCCGAAGUGUUUACGAGCCCACUGAAGAUGGGCCGCUUUUGGCUGCACGAAUGCACCCGGGUGUUUUGUGACCGCCUCGUGUCGGUGAGCGAAUGCACUCGAUUCCAAGAUCUGCUGCUUGAACACGCCAAGAAGCACAUUGAAGAAGACGUAGCUGAGCUCAACGCGCAGCCGAUCCUGUUCACGCGUUUGCCGCGUGAAGUCGACUUUGUCACGACGACUGCACCAGUUCCCAUGAAAGACCGCACCGAACUGCACACUGCCCUGCAAGCUUGCUUAAGCGCGUACAACGAAUCGCUUCCGGUCAUGCAUUUGGUGCUCUUUGACGCUGCGAUGGACCAUGUGACGCGAAUCGUUCGAAUCUUGGCUAUGCCCCGAAGUCAUGCCAUGUUGAUCGGCGUCGGUGGCUCCGGCAAACAAUCGUUAACAAAGCUGGCAGCGUUUAUCGUCAAGUACCCGCUGGUGCAGUUUUGCGUGAAAGCGAGCUAUGGCGUACCCGAGUUCAAGGAAGAUAUCAAGGACUUAGCGCGUCGGGCUGCAGUGAAGCCAGGGCUGCCGUUGGUCCUUUUACUCACGGAUUCUCAGUUGGUGGACGAUGCUUUUCUCAUUUACUUGAGCACCUUGCUCAGCCACGGGUCCGUGGUGGAUCUCUUCACGGUGGAGGAGUGUGACACCAUCCUCGGCUCCUUGCGCGCAGAAGCUAAGGCAAAUAGUAUUCCCGACUCGCGCGACCAAAUGGUGAACUUCUUCCUUGACCGCGUUCGUGCCAACCUCCACAUCGUGUUGGCAUUUUCACCCGUGGGGGUCGCGUUUCGACAACGAGCUCGUAAAUUUCCGGCGCUGGUCCAAUGCGUGUCCAUCGAUUGGUUUCACCCGUGGCCAAAGGAGGCACUCGUCAGUGUGAGUGCGUCGUUCUUGAGUGAAAUGGAGUGGUCGUCGGUUGCAUUGGCGGACAACGUGAGCCAUCACAUGGCAGAAGUCCACACGUCGGUCAUUGCUGCGUCGGUGCAAUUCAAAGCCAGUCAAGGACGGUUCAAUUACGUGACACCGACGUCGUUUUUGGAGCUUAUUAUGUUUUACAAAAAGUUGCUGAAGAACAAACGAACGUCCGUGCAAAGUCUGAUCAAGCGACUUGACGUUGGCCUUCGAACGCUCAAGAAGACAUCGGACGACGUUGAAGCGCUGCAAAAGGAGCUCAAAGUGACAAUGCGUAAAGUGGACGAUCGAAAGAAGGGCACUGAUGCGUUGCUCGAACAAAUGGGCAAACAGCGCAACGACGCCCAGAUCAAACAAGCCAGAGCCGAUGAAGAGCGCCAGAAGGCUGCGAUGGCAGCUGAAGCAGCGACAAAAAUUGAGCGGCAGGCGACCGCCGAACUUGAGAUUGCCCAACCAGCGCUGAAGGCAGCCCAGGAAGCCGUGAAUUGUCUAAACAAGGCGAGUCUCACUGAGCUCAAGUCGAUGCAAAAGCCGCCGGCGGGGGUUGACAAAGUCACUACCGCCGUUUUGAUGAUGGUGAAAGAGGAAACGAAGAACUUUACCUGGGACAACGCCAAGAAAAUGAUGGCAAAAGUUGACGCGUUCAAAAUCCAGCUCGAACAGUAUGACAAGGAGCACAUUCCGAUUGAAGUUGUUCAGCGCGUCGAGCCGAUUCUGGAAGAUCCAAAUUUCAACUACGAAAAAAUGAAAUCCAAGUCGGUGGCAGCCGCAAACUUGUGCACAUGGGUCGUCAACAUCAUGACGUACAACAAGGUGUACGUCAAAGUAAAACCCCUCAUGGACGCCCUUGAGGAGUCUCGUGCGGCCAAAGCAAAUGCCGACGCUGCGCUUGAAAGCGUCAUGGCGAUGGUGCGGGAGGUGGAAGGCCAGCUCAAUGCGUUGCAGGCGUCGUUCCGUGAAGCCACCAACGAAAAGGCUAAGGUCGAAGCAGAAGCCAAGAAUUGCCAGGAACGCCUUGGCCUUGCGGAACGAUUGGUGCUCGGACUUGCGUCGGAGAACGAACGAUGGAAGCGUGAGAUUGACUUGCUCAAACUUGGUGAAGUGUCUCUCGUUGGAGACGUCUUGUUGGCAGCUGCGUUUGUCAGCUACAUUGGGGCGUUUGAUGCCACAUUUCGGUACCAGCUGUGGAACCAAGUGUGGCUCCCCGACUUGAUUAGCCGUGAAAUUCCAAUCAGCCUCCGUCCCGACGACAAAAUCAACUCGAUGGACCCGGUCAACAUGUUGAGCGAUGAUUCUGCGAUCGCUCAAUGGAUGAACGAAGGAUUACCGGCAGAUCGCAUGUCGAUUGAAAACGGCUGCAUCAUUUCAUGUUGCGAGAGGUGGCCGCUUUUAAUAGAUCCGCAGUUGCAAGGACUCAACUGGUUGCGCUCAAAGGAACUCCUUCGUCAGCGAUCACUGCCGCAGGUGCAACCCGGGAACAAGCUAAAGCCAGCCGUGGAACAGGUCGCCAACGACUCUUUGGACUCGGUCACAGACAAGAGCAAGCCUCCUGACGCCGGGAGGAACUUGAGCCUGGCGAAGUUGAAUCGCAAAAAGUCUAUCAAUCCCCCAAAUGGGUGGGAUGAACCGCCGAAGAAAGACGUGUUGAGAGUUGGCGAGGCGACGAAAGCUCCUGAGCGAGCCACGUUGUCGUUCGUCGUGCUAAAUGCGACACAAAAGACGUGGCGAAAACAAUUGGGUCAUGCCAUCACGGACGGCGCGACGGUUUUGCUUGAAAAUCUCGGCGAGUCGAUCGACGUCACGUUAGAGCCGAUCUUGAUGCGCCAAGUGUACAAGAAGGGCAAGAACUGGUUCGUUCGCAUGUCGGGGGAAGAGGUCGAGUACGACACAAAGUUUCGACUGUUUUUGCACACAAAGUUGUCAAACCCACACUAUCGCCCGGAAAUCGUCGCCCAUUGUACGCUGAUCAAUUUUAUCGUGACGGAAAAGGGGCUCGAGGAACAGCUUCUGAAGCAAGUUGUGAACCGCGAGCAACCUGUGCUCGAGAUGGACAAGCAGAACCUCCAGCAAGCGUUCAACAAGUACAAGAUUCAGUUGCUCGAGUUGGAAAACCAGUUGCUCGAACGCCUUGCAAACGCGCCAGACGACAUUUUGUCUGACGUACCGUUGAUCGAGUCUUUGGAGGCGACGAAAGCGACAGCGAACGAAGUAAAUUCCGCCAUCUUGCGCGGAAAGGAGACCGAGCGAGUGAUCAAUGAAGCACGCGAGAUAUACCGUCCAAUAGCUGCGGAAGGCGCGAUGAUCUUCUUCAUCAUGGUGCUCCUCACCAAGAUCAACCACAUGUACCAGUACUCCCUCGACGCAUUCCUCGUGUUCUUCUACAAGGCCAUGGACAGCGUCACGGGCGAGACGUCGGAUGCCCAGGAACGCGUGUCGCUCCUACGACGAAGUGUUUUGCUCACGCUUUUCACCAUGGUCAGCCGAGGGCUGUUUGAAGAACACAAGUUUUUGUUCUUGACGCAACUCACAUUCAGUCUGCUCAAGCGCGGGUCGAUUGGCCAGCUCAGCGGGUACAGCGACGAGUACAUGAAGUUCUUCUUGCGAGGGCCAAAGGUUGUGUCAGAAGAAAACGUGAUUGAGUGGCUCAGUGAUUCCCAGUGGCAAAUGCUACAAGCCCUGAUCCAGCUGGACGGGUUUGAAAAGUUUUCGUCGGAUUUGGUGGAAAGCGAAGCGCGGUUCCGAGAAUGGUACAAUUCGCCUACUCCUGAGACGGAAAAGCUACCUCUCGACUGGCGCGAAUUGGACAAGUCACCCUUCUUGAAGCUGCUUGUGUUGCGAUGUCUGCGAUCAGAUCGCCUCGGUAUUGCGCUCCACCAAUUUAUCGGCGGCAUUCUUCCGUUUGGAGCGCAAUACUUGAACUGCGACAGUCAGUUCAAUGCGUUCCAAAUCUUACAAGACGCGUUUGGGCAGUCGAGCCCGUCAACGCCGCUCUAUUUUAUUCUGAGUCCUGGCACGGACGUCGUCGCGAAUGUCGACAAACUCGCCCACAUGUAUGGAAAGCGCAAAGGCGUCGAGUACCACAACAUUAGUCUGGGCCAGGGCCAAGAAACAGUCGCCCUUGCGGCCCUGCACGAAGGCUGGGGCAAUGGUAACUGGGUGCUGCUCAACAAUGUCCACUUGAUGCCAAAGUGGCUGCUUGACCUGGACAAGUGGUUCAAUAGCAUGCACGACGAAGGCGCAAAGGUGCACCCGGACUGCCGUGUAUUCAUCACGAGUGACCCGUCGCCUCUCAUUCCAAUCGGAAUUCUCGACAAAUCCAUCAAGCUGACCAACGAACCACCGACAGGGCUAAAAGCCAACGUCAAGCGUGCCUUGUCUUGCUUUCCAAAAGCAUACGUCGACGACAUGGAGCCUCGAACGCGUUGCAUACUGUUCGGGAUGUGUUACUUCCACGCCCUCAUGCUCGAACGCAAGCGAUUUGGCGCUCAAGGCUUCAACAUGAGGUAUCCGUUUUCGGCGGGCGAUUUAACCUCGAGCGCCACCGUAUUGGGCAACUACAUGGAGAACGCCCCGGCGCGAGUCCCGUGGCAGGACUUGCGCUACUUGUUUGGGGAAAUCAUGUACGGCGGGCACAUCGUAAACGACUUUGACCGCCUCGUGUGCAAUACGUAUUUGCAAUUCUUUUUGAGGGAUGAGCUCUUGGACGAACUGAGCAUGUUUCCGUACUUGGACGACGCGGACGGGGCCGACGUCAAGCUGUUUUCAGCCCCGAAACUCAACUCGUCCUAUGAUCGAAUGCUCGAGCACGUGGAGUUGAGCCUCGUGGGCGACUCCACCCUUGCGUUCGGCCUCCAUCCCAACACGGAAAUCCUGUUUAGCACCGAAAUGAGCGAGAAACUGAUCCAAGGGGCCGUGCUCCUCGGUGCUUUCCCCUCCACAACGUCGUCGCCAUCCACAACAGCUGCCGCCAUCACCGAGCCUGUUGAUAGUUCCCAAACGAUUGCCGAAGGAAUCUUGCAAGACGUCCUCGAAAACUACCGCGACUUACGCCUCGACGUGUCCGACUUGAUUGCGACGGAGAAUCCGCAUCCGUUCCAGACGGUGCUUGCGCAAGAGAUGGAGCGCAUGAAUACAUUGCUCGAGCACAUCACGCGAACGCUGAUUGAGUUGGACUUGGGCUUCCGCGGGGAUCUCACCAUGAGCGACACGAUGGAAAAGCUGCAAGACAGCUUGUUUUUGGACAAAGUCCCAACGGCAUGGGAAGCUGUGGCGUACCCGAGCAAUCGGUCGUUGUCACCGUGGUUGGCAGACCUUGAGCACCGUAUCAAUCAACUGCAGGAAUGGAGCUCGUCGGCGUCGGAAUUGCCGCUCGUGAUUUGGAUCAGCGGUCUGUUCAACCCUCAAUCGUUUUUGACGGCAAUUUUGCAGUCCAUGGCGAAGAAGAACAGCGUCGAGCUGGACAAGCUGCAAAUCGUGACGGACAUUACAAAGCGCAUGCUGGACUCAUUGGAUGCCCCGAGUCGCGACGGCCAGUUCAUCUACGGCCUCAGUCUCGAAGGCGCGCGGUGGGACUUGAGUUCAGGUAUCAUCGACUCGAGCGUGCCCAAGGAGAUGAGCUGCCCUAUGCCGAUCAUCAACUGCCGCGCCGUCUUAGUCACUCAAACGACCGCGGCCAAUGUAUUCGAGUGUCCAGUCUACCGCACCCAGCAGCGCGGGCCAACGUACAUCUUCACGGCGCAACUGCGGUCCAAGGCGCCCCCCGCCAAGUGGGUCCUCGCCGGCGCGAUUUUAGUCAUGGAAGUUGUUUAAUGGAUGAGGAAUUGUUUUAUCAAUA